UAAUGAAUCAUGCAGCAGAUUUUCGUGAAACCUAAAUAGCUCAAAUAUGCUGAGGUUGUAAAACACACGCGGAUAGCGAUACUCGUACGUUCGACUCCUUUUAAAAUAUAUUCUCGGAGAUAAUAAUACCAAACAAGCGAACUAUUGAGAGCAAUGGAUGAGACACACCAAGGGAUAGAAUCGAAGCAUGAAGUUUUCUCUCUAACAGCCAUAAACAGAUCGAUCAAGUCGAAUUGGAAGGCAGGACUUCUGACUCUGAUCGUUGUGGCUGUUUGUCUUUUUCUGGCAUUUGCACUAAUAUCACCACCUAAAAAAUCUCUCAGAAAUGGAGAUGCACCAACACCAGCGACAAGUUUUAAUUGCCGUCAGAAGCCAUUUUGUGAUGGAAAUGCUACUUGCAAACCAAAUUCAAAAGAUACGACGCAUUUCAAUUGCGUUUGUAAUAAUGGCUUCCAAGGAGAUGGAUUUUCGUGCGAGGAUAUUGAUGAAUGUAAGAGCGAAAUACACAGCUGUAGCGACCAUGCAGUGUGUGACAACAUUGUAGGCUCCUAUAGGUGUAGUUGUUUCGAUGGAUUCGAGGGCAACGGACGGUCUUGUUACGACAUUCAUGAAUGCAAUACUAAUACUCACAACUGCAGUGUUCAUGCAUCUUGCAGUAACACUCAAGGCUCCUACACGUGCAGUUGUCUGGAAGGAUUCAAAGGCGAUGGCAGGUCUUGUCAUGACAUCGAAGAAUGCAAGACUAACACACACGAUUGCAGUGUUCAUGCAUCCUGCAAUAACACCAUAGGCUCCUACAGGUGUAAUUGUCUGGAAGGAUUCCAAGGCAAUGGACAGUCUUGUCAUGACAUCGAUGAAUGCAUAACAGGUACACACAACUGUAGCGUUCAUGCAUUUUGUAAUAACAUUGUCGGCUCCUACAAGUGCAGUUGUCUGGAAGGAUUCCAAGGAAAUGGACGUUAUUGUCAUGACAUCGAUGAAUGCAUUACAGGUACACCCAACUGUAGCGUUCAUGCAUUUUGUAAUAAUACUGUCGGCUCCUACAAGUGCAGUUGUCUGGAAGGGUUCCAAGGCGAUGGACGGUCUUGUCAUGACAUCGACGAAUGUAAGACUAACAUGCACGAUUGUAGUGUUUAUGCAUCCUGUAAUAACACCGUAGGCUCCUACAAGUGCAGUUGUAUGGAAGGAUUCCAAGGCGAUGGACGGUCUUGUCAUGACAUCGACGAAUGCAAGAAUAACACACACGAUUGCAGUGUUCAUGCAUCCUGCAAUAAUACCAUAGGCUCCUACAAUUGUAGUUGUCUGGAAGGAUUCCAAGGCGAUGGAAGGUCUUGCCAUGACAUCGAUGAAUGCAAGACUAAUAGGCACGAUUGUAGUGUUUAUGCUUCCUGCGAUAACACAGUAGGCUCCUACAAUUGUAGCUGUUUGGGAGGAUUCCAAGGCGAUGGACGGUCUUGUCAUGACAUCGACGAAUGCAAGAAUAACACGCACGAUUGCAGUGUUCAUGCAUCCUGCAAUAAUACCAUAGGCUCCUACAAUUGUAGUUGUCUGGAAGGAUUCCAAGGCGAUGGACGGUCUUGCCAUGACAUCGACGAAUGCAAGACUAAUAGGCACGAUUGUAGUGUUUAUGCUUCCUGCGAUAACACAGUAGGCUCCUACAAUUGUAGCUGUUUGGGAGGAUUCCAAGGCGAUGGACGGUCUUGUCAUGACAUCGACGAAUGCAAGAAUAACACGCAUGAUUGCAGCAUUCAUUCAUUCUGUAAUAACACUGUCGGCUCCUACAAGUGCACUUGUCGACGGGGAUUCUCAGGGGACGGACUUUUAUGUCAUGACGUUGAUGAAUGUGGCGAUGGAUCUCACAAGUGUGAUAGGGAUGCAGAAUGUAAAAACAUUAUGGGCUCUCAUCAAUGUAUGUGUCGUUCUGGGUUUUCCGGCGAUGGUUAUGUGUGUCAAGAUGUUGACGAAUGCAGCGAUGGAAGUCAUCUUUGCAGCCCUUACGCCAGGUGUGCAAACAUCGCAGGAUCGCACAACUGCAUAUGCAACAAAGGGUAUCGUGGAAAUGGACAAUCAUGCAAUGAUAUCAACGAGUGCAAGGAAGGGACAGCUCAAUGCAGUACCAAAGCAAGUUGUACGAACACCCCUGGUUCUUUCAGCUGUAAGUGCGUUGUAGGAUACCAAGGCGACGGACAAAAUUGCCACAAUAAAGACGAGUGCAGUAGUAGUCGGCCUUGUGACUGGAAUGCAAAUUGCAGAGACACUGAUGGCUCUUAUACAUGCAGUUGCAAUUCUGGCUUCCGUGGUAGCGGUUUCUCAUGUUACGAUGUAAAUGAGUGCAGAGAGGGUAUCCAUAAUUGUCACGCAAAGGCUAACUGCAUCAAUACCCGGGGAUCAUACAUUUGUUCCUGCAAGAAAGGAUAUCAUGGAAAUGGCAGGCAGUGUAAGGCUUCUUCUGCUGGACGGCCCUACCCACCCAUCGGAAUAUUUUUAUAUGGCACUAUUAUUGCUUUUAUGUUGUACUUGCUUUGUUUGUAGAAGGAAUAAUUCAAAAACUUUAACUUGACAUGUCUCAAAGCAGAUGACCCUGUUGUUAGCCGUAUCGUUCUUAUAUAUCGUACCGUUCUUACACCGGUUGAUCGACAUUGAUGUAUGGAAGCUACCUUUACAGUUUCCUUGAACACCAUAACCGGCUCUCUUACUGGGUCUAGUUCGUAAAUAUAAGUACGCGAGGCCUUUAUAAUUUUCAACAUCAAAUCCAACGAUGUAUCCUGAGAAAGAUUUCAAAUCAAUCCCACUGCUGUGAGAUGCAGGAUCUGAAGCCAACUGUCAUGAGAGUAGCUUGUUGCCCUUUGCAUCUGGACUACUUCCAUUACUUAGAGGCAAUUUUUUCUAGCUCUUGGAUGGGAUGCUGGUCUAUCCCAGCACGUUUACGAACUAUACCGUUUCCUGACAGCUUAAAGGCACCCAAUUGGCCUCCUGUGCGGCGAGAUAGUAAAGCUUCUUCUCAAUCUAAUUUUUAGGAUAAUAAUUCAUUAUUUCCUCACAAACUGGAAAAUAAUAAGGUCACGAUAAAGAAGAGAACGCAGACAGAAACUUAACGUUCCCGGCGUAAUAAAAUCAAAUUCAAUUGAAAAUAACGAUUUAUCAGAUUUUGAAACAAUAAAUUGUAAAUUCUAAUAGGUAUUCAAUUCGGUAUUUCAAUAAAACUUAAGGCUUUCUGGCAUCUGCGGGAAAGAGAUUUCAUAAACUUUUGAUUGUAACCAUUGCAAAAGAUGGCCCAAACAUUGGAAUUAAAUUUUGCUAAUUAUUUGAGUUAUAUCAACCAAUACAGGUCUGGUUAAGUUUUUAUUUGAAAAGACGGAAUAUAGCAUAUGUUAAUAUAAAUAGGGACAAUAGAUUGAUAAGCAGCCAGUAGCAUAACUGAGUUUCAUCAUUAAAGUGCUAUGUGAUGCCACGAA